GAGAUCUCGCAGCGUCUUCAGCGCGCGCUUGGCGCAAGAUGCGGCGGCUGGGUCUGGCUUUGGCGGCGCUAGUGGCAGCGCCCGCCUUUGCCCCGCCGCGAAGCUUGGGUCCUGCCUUCGAGGAGCUUUGGGCGCUGCUGGCUUCGAGGCCUUUUGCGGAGGAGGGCCUGGCUGGCAUCGAGGAGUUGCAUGAGCUCGCGCCUCCAACUCCAAGGGCUGCCUGGGACGAGCUGGGCGCGUUGGUGGCUGCCCGCGAGGGUCCGGAGAAGCUGGAGGGCAGCAAGUGGGUGAGCCUACGCCUGGACGGCUGCAUGUUUGGAAAGCUCACCCAGAAGCUGCGUGCUGCGGGGCUCAUCGGCCCCGGGUACUCGGAGGAGCUGGGGGAGAUGAUGCGGCUCUGCUGCCGCGUGAUGAUGGACGAGUUCAAAGCCAGUGUCGGUUACACCCAUAGCGACGAGAUGACCGUGAUUCUCUCGCCGAGGAACAUCAGCCGCAACGGCGAGGUGAUGGGAUGGCCCCACAACGGGCGGAUCCAGAAGUGGGUGAGCAUCGCCGCCAGCAUCGCCACGGCCUUGGUGAACCGCCGGCUUCUGAGCUUAGCACAGGAGCGGGGUAUGGUUUUGCCGGCCGACGCCUUGGCCCACUUCGACUGCCGCGCCGGGCUCUUCGACACCGAGGCGGAAGCCUCCGCGCUGCUGUUGUGGCGGGCCUUCGACUGUAGCGUGAACUGCGUGCAGGACUGCUGCCAUCACGCCCAGGCUCCGCUGGAGGUGGUGCGCAGCGGCUUCGCGGAGAAGCUCCGCUGGCUGAAGGCCCGGGAGCUGCUGCCUUUGUCGCCCCACCAGGCAUACGGCAGCUUCUUCGUGAAGAGCUCCGGGGAGUUCGAGGUCACCAACCCCGAGCUGAAAGAAACCGUGCGGGUGAACCGCAAGGUGAACAUCCAGGUCAACGACGGCUCGUCUGGUCGCAACCUGCUGCGGCUGCCGCGCCAACUUCUGCCGCUGCUGCCCAAAAAAGGCGAUCCACGCUUGGAGCUCCGCGAGGGCAGCUACUGGCGCCAUGUGGGUACCUCGGGCUUUCCUGAGGCGCAGCAGGACAGGCGCAACCAGCCCCGGCGCCGGAAGAAGCGGUGGUAGUCCAUUUCCCAGCUCAGGGUUGCCUUUCCAGGUGAUGGGUUUUGGAGGUAUGAAUGCUUA